AUGGGGAGGAGACGGGUGUCGCUGUGCAACCUCCGCUUGCUGCACGCGCCCGUCUACCGGGUGCCGCGGCCGCGCUACGGCAAGGGGAAGGAUGUCAUCCCUCCCAUCUUCUACCAGGAGGACGAAGUGCGAGCGAGAUUUUACAGAAUUUAUGGCAGCGGUCCAAGACCUUUCGACCUGUCGCAAUCAAACUACAAAUCUACUUGCCAGAGGUUUGUUGAGAAAUUCAAUGAACUGAAAGAAGAAGGAAAAAUUGAAGAGGAGAAAUUGUUUGAAGAAACAGGAAAAGCCCUUUUAGCCAGUGGGAUAAUUUUACAGAGAAGAGGAACAGAUAAAGCAGCACAACAGGAUCAUCAGGACGCUGAAACCAGGGAUUCUGUGUUACCCCUGCAGCUUCAAACUGUGCUGGAAAAGAUACAGGAAAAGAAAAAAGAUGGGGAGGAGCAGACGCCAGAGUUGGCGGAAACGCAGAAGGAAGAUCCCUUACCCUCCUGAGAGCCGCGCUGCUGUCCCGUAACGCCCGGCUGUGUCCUGGCUCUGGCAAUCCCCUGCUCGGGGGCCGGCAUUUCUGCCUCCACAAUCUCAUGGUUCUGAGGUGUUUUCUUAGGGGGAAUAUGCCCCAGUUAUCCGGCUCUAGUGCCUUCCGUGAUCAUGUGUGGGGCACGCAUCCUUGUUCUUCCAUCUCCCCAUUUGUAAAAUGGGAGAUAAUCCCCUUUUUUGAGGUGCAAGAAUGUCAUCUCAAACUGUGAGUUGGAAAAUAUGAGUAUAAACGUGGAAAAUUAAACACUUUCUUUAAAAAUUGGAA